AUGACGGAUAGGUCUUAUUCAAUCCGCGAAGAGGCGGAUCGUAUCUUCCGCGAUGUCCUUCUCAAGGACACCCGCCUCCACUUACCCUCCAAAGUCCACUCUGCCGCUUCCAACACAUCUUUUCUGCAGUCAACCAUAGACACCCCUUAUAUUCCCGUCCCUUUGAAGUUUACAGAAACUAGCUCCGCCCUCUGGGCAUUGGCAGCAACCAUCGGCUCCGCCAUUGCCAAGGACCGCUACAAUACCGAACAGAAAGCCACUGUCAACACCGACAUCGCCUCGCUGUUCUUGUUCUCCGCAGCCUGCGCCCGGGUCAACGGCAAGACGAUCGGCGACCCGGCCGUGGCGGCGCGCUACACCAAGUACGACCUGGGCCGCAUGCAUGACCCCUGGCGUCGCUUCUGCACAAACAUCUACCCGACACGGGAUGGAAAAUGGUUCCACCUCCACGGCAGUAUGAAUUCCGACCGCUCCUUGACCAUGGUGGACCUCCCCAAGGAGAACCCGGGGCUGGCUUCCACCGAGGAUAUUGUCAAAAAGUAUUGCGACACCGCCCGGCAGUUCGAUUCUGACUGGCUCGAUGCCGAGGCCAACGAACAUUACCGCCAGGCCGGUACCGUGUGCCUGACCCGGGAGGAGUUUCUGGCUACGGAGCAUGGCAAAGCGACUGUCGACCACCCCAUCUAUUUCCUGGAGAGGCGGGACGUCGAUGUCCUCCCGCCCGUGCCUUACCCGUCCGUUACGGGCAAGCAGCGGCCGUUAGAAGGCCUCAAGAUGCUCGACCUCUCCCGUGCCAUCGCCGCCCCGACGAUUGCAAAGCUGGCAGCGCUCUUUGGCGCGACGGUCAUUCGCGUGUCCAACGACCAGCUGCCCGACAUGGGUCCGCUUUUGGUGGAUGGUAAUCUGGGUAAGCGAGACGUCACUCUGAACCUCAAGACGGAUGAGGGUCGGGCUGCACUAAAGAGAUUGAUCGAGGGUGCCGAUAUCGUGUUGGACGGCUACCGGCCCGGCACGCUGGAUCGGCUUGGAUUUGGGGCAGAUUAUGUUCACGCGCUGGGGCGGCGGCGUGGCAAGGGGAUCGUCUUUGUGCGUGAGAAUUGCUAUGGCUGGGAGGGCCCGUGGGCGAAGAGAUCUGGGUGGCAGCAGAUCUCGGAUUGCGUCACGGGGGUCAGUUGGAUCAUGGGACGGUUCUUGGGACUGGACGAGCCUGUCAUCCCGUUGUUGCCCAACUCGGACUACCAAACCGGCCUUGUGGGGUUCAUAGGCCUGCUUGCAGCCGUGGACAAGCGGGCGACCGAGGGCGGCAACCACCUCGUGAGCGUGUCGCUGAACCAGUACAACAACUUCCUCCUCUCGCUAGGCGAGCACACGCCCGAGGUGAAGAAGCACCUCUUGGACCUGCACCCAGGCUUCAAGCCGCGUCACUACGACGACAUGACAAACAUGUUUGGCCUCGCCGUCUCAACAUUGCAGACCAACGUGCCGCGGCUCUUCCGGCCGUCGUACUUUGGCAACAUCUCCAGCAGGUUCGGCGGCGAUCGGAACGACACGCUGACGUACGUGCUGGGCGCCGCGAGUUACGACGCCUCGAAGCUGGGCUAUGAUAUCGGCAGUUGCUUCCUUGGGCAGUAUGAGCCCGAGUGGCCGGAGGGGGAGGUUGGGAAGGCGGCGGAGGGUAUUACUUCUAGGAUGUGA